AUGGCUGACAAAAUUAGGCGACAAAUGCAAGAAAUCGCUCUGGGUAUUGAAGAUGAAAAGAUUAAUCUCCCGAUUGAUCUCUGUGAAGAAGCGAUACAAGCAACACGAUUUAGUUUAAUCGUUAAACCAGUCAACCCAAGGAAGCAGAAUUUGCGGGCAAUGUUGGGAAGUUUGCCUCGUCUGUGGGGCGUUAAUGAUGAAGUUUCGGGCCGGAUUCUAGAAAAUAAGCGCGUCCAAUUCCUGUUUCCAUCUGAGGAAUCCAUGGCUGCAAUUGUUCGUCGAGGACCAUGGUCUUUUAACGAUUGGAUGUGUGUCACUGAACGGUGGACACCAACCCAGACGGAGGAAGAUUUGAAGACCAUUCCUUUUUGGGUACAGAUCCGUGGGAUUCCUGUCAAUUAUCUCACACUCCGUCUCAUCAGUUUCAUUGGCGACUCACUGGGUCGCUUUUUGGAAACCGACUUCGGUGGUGACGGAGCGACAUGUGUCCUGAAGUUUCGCUACGAGAAACUUCGGAAUUUCUGCGCUAUUUGUGGUCUUAUGACACAUGAUGUUGUUGACUGCCCCUCUGGUCACAACCCUCCUCCUCCUCCAGCGGAUGACGACGACGAUGAUCCUGAUUACAAUCCCGACGGCACUGAUGUUAACAGACAGGAUACGCCAGAAGAACGACCAAUUCAGCAACCACAGGCCACAACUGAGAAGGAGACAACACCAACCGCUUCAAAGAAGAGGAAGACGGAAACAGCGACAACCUCUGAGUAUAUGGCUUUCCCGUUGGUCUGCUGCGAUACACGACACACUUUUUCAACAGAGGAUACUCAACAAUGUUUCUCUAAGCGUAAUCGCCGGCAAUCAUAA